UUUCUGAGUAUGGAUCCACCCACGGGCAGCUCAGCCUCAGCUGCUGGACCCAAGAAGGACAAGAAGUCAAAGAAGAACUACGAGGAUGGAGACGGGAAAAAGAAGUUUACACUCAAACGGCUGAUUCCAGACGAGUUGGAGCGUUUCACCAGCAUGAGGAUAAAGAAGGACAAGGAGAAGACGGGCCAUGUGCCAGGUCAGCGUCACUCUUCUGCCGCCAGCUAUGAGACCAAUUCUCAGACCGCCAUGCUGAAAGAUCAUUCCGAUGAAUAUGUCCUGGAGCUCUUUGAGCAGAUGUUGGUGGAUAUGAAUCUGAAUGAGGAGAAGCAGCGACCUCUGAGAGCAAAAGACAUUAUGAUCAAACGAGAGAUGGUCUCCCAGUACCUCCACACGUCCAAAGCCGGCCAAAACCAGAAAGAGAGCUCUAAAUCAGCCAUGAUGUACAUCCAGGAGUUAAAGUCAGACUACCGAGACACGCAACUGCUGAGCUGCCUGGAAUCUCUACGAGUCUCCCUUAACAACAACCCUGUCAGGUAUGAACUGAAUUUUAAAUCCGAGAGACUCAUUCUUCUGAUAUAAACACUGUUAUUUGAAGCAUGAAAGCCCUGCCUGCAGACAUUCUGCUCACUCGCCUCCUCCUUCCUUUUUUCUCUUUCUUAGUACGGUUUGAAAUCCAUGCUGGAGUCAGAGGAGGGAAUUCCUCUGCUGGUCAGAGCCAUCAACCCCAGGGUGCCUCACAUGAUGGUGGAUGCUGUCAAGCUGCUCUCUGCCAUUUCCAUUUUGGAACAUCCUGAGAACCUCCAUGAACGUGUUUUGGAAGCCAUUACAGAAGAGGCUGAGAAACGGGAUAUUGAGAGGUUUCAGCCUCUCAUCGCAGGCAUGAACAUUCAGAACAUUGCUCUUAAGGGUGGCUGCAUGCAGCUAAUAAAUGCCUUGAUCAGCCGAGGAGAGGAGUUGGACUUCAGGAUCCAUAUUCGCUCGGAGCUACUUAGACUUGGACUCAGAGAAUUGCUGACGGAGGUGCGGACGAUAGAAAAUGAAGAGCUGAGGGUGCAACUUACGGUGUUUGAUGAGCAGGCUGAGGAUGACUCUGAGGACCUCAAAGCACGUCUUGAUGACAUCCGCAUCGAGAUGGACGAUGUGAGGGAAGUGUUUGAGAUACUGGUCAACACUGUGAAGGACUCCAAAGGGGAAAGCCACUUCCUGUCCUUGAUGCAACAUCUGCUGUUGAUCCGCAAUGACUAUUCGGCCAGGCCUCAGUACUACAAGUUGAUAGACGAGUGUAUCGCUCAGAUCGUGCUUCACAGGAAUGGAGCUGACCCUGACUUUAAGUGCCGUAACCUUAGCCUCAACAUUGAAGCCUUGAUAGACAACAUGGUGGACCAGACCAAGGUGGAAACCAGUGAGGCCAAGGCCACUGAGUUGGGGAAGAAGCUGGAUGCAGAGUUGACAGCGCGCCACGAGUUGCAGGUGGAGCUGAAGAAACUGGAGGGCGACUACGAGCAGAAGCUGCGGGACCUGAGCCAAGAGAAAGAACAGCUGGCCUCUUCUAAGCAGGAACGAGAGAAGGAGAAUCAGGGACUACAACAACAGCUAAACACUCUGAAACAGCAGAUUGAAACGCUGUCUAAGGAUCUGGAAGAGGCCAAGACUAAAGUUAUCACAGUGACUGUUCCCGUGCCAACACCUGGUUUGCCCCCUCCACCACCCGCCCCUCCUCUCCCUGGUCAGAAUGUCGGUAUGCCCCCUCCACCUCCACCCCUUCCUCCACCUCUACCAGGGCAUGCAUGCAUACCUGUUCCCCCACCGCCUCCUCCUUUACCAGGUCAAGCCCAUAUUCCUCCACCACCUCCUUUGCCUGGCAUGCCAGGACCUCCACCACCCCCGCCCCUUCCUGGCAUGCCAGGUCCACCGCCUCCUCCACCCUUACCUGGGAUGGGACCUCCACCACCACCGCCCCCACCUGGGUUCCCUGGUAUCCCUCCACCACCCCCAGGCCCAGGCAUGCCUCCACCACCACCGUUUGGCAUGGGAGGAUGGGGUGCACCUGCUCCACCUUCUCUGCCUUUUGGGCUCGAACCGAAGAAGGAUUACAAGCCUGAGGUCCAGCUGAAGAGAGCCAACUGGAGCAAGAUUGGACCUGAAGACCUCUCUGAGAAUAGUUUCUGGACCAAGGCAAAAGAGGACAAAUUUGAAAGCAAUGAGCUUUUUGCCAAACUCACCUUGUCCUUUUCCUCACAGACAAAAACCACUAAAGCCAAAAAGGAGCAGGAUGGUGGUGACGAAAAGAAGCAGCUGCAGAAGAAGAAAGUGAAGGAGCUUAAGAUUUUGGACAGCAAGACUGCACAGAACCUCUCCAUUUUCCUGGGAUCGUUCCGUCUCCCCUAUGAACAGAUCAAGACUGCCAUCCUCGAGGUCAAUGAGAAGAUCCUCACAGAGUCCAUGGUUCAGAACCUGGUCAAACAGCUGCCAAAACCAGAACAGAUGAGUGUCCUGGAAGAAAUGAAGGAUGAAUACGAUGACUUGGCCGAGUCUGAACAGUUUGGAGUAGUGAUGUCCUCUGUGAAGAGACUGAUGCCACGACUCCAGGCCAUCCUGUUCCAGCUGCAGUUUGAGGAGCAGCUGAACAACAUCAAGCCAGAUGUGGUGUCUGUGACAGCAGCAUGCGAGGAGCUCAGACAGAGCGAGAACUUCUCCAAGCUGCUGCAGAUUAUCCUCCUUGUUGGGAACUACAUGAACUCUGGCUCUCGCAAUGGAAAGGCCUACGGCUUCUCCAUCUCAUACCUGUGCAAGCUGCGUGACACCAAAACAGCUGAUCUGAAGCAGACACUGCUCCAUUUCCUCGCCGAUGUGUGCCAGGAGGAGCAUCCUGAUAUCAUGAGCUUUGCAGAUGAGCUCAUCCAUGUGGAAAAGGCCAGCAGAGUUUCUGCAGAGACGAUUCAGAAGAACUUAGAUCAGAUGGGCCGUCAGAUCAAGAACCUGGAGAGGGAUCUGGAAACUUUCCCUCCUCCACAAAAUGACCACGACAAGUUUGUGGAAAAGAUGUCUAGUUUUGUGGUCACGGCCCAUGAGCAAUAUGAGAAGCUGGAUCUGAUGCAUAAGAAUAUGGAAAAGCAAUAUGUUGACCUGGGAGACUAUUAUGUCUUUGACCCGAGAAAAAUUGCUGCAGAGGAAUUCUUCGGGGACCUCAACACCUUUAAGAACAUGUUCCAGCAAGCGGUGAAGGAGAAUCAGAAGAGGAAGGAGGCUGAAGAGAAGAUGAGGAAGGCCAAGCUGGCUCGGGAGAAAGCGGAGAAGGAGAAGGAGGAGAAACUGAAAAGGAACAAGCUCCCUGACAUCAACACAGAGGGUGAUGAAACUGGUAUCAUGGAUGGCCUGUUGGAGGCGCUGCAGUCCGGUGCUGCUUUCAGGAGAAAGAGAGGACCCCGGCAAGCAGCCAACCACCGACGAGCUGGUAAUGCAGUGACCAACAUCCUAGCCAAAGAGCUGAUGCAAGAGGAAACGCCUUCGCAUAGUAAAGUGCCGGCUAAGAGGAACAAGAUCGAGGAGAAAGAGGAGCCUAAACUAGAAGGAGCUGAGUCGUUAGAGGAGUUACUGGAGGCUGCUCCCACUCGGUCUAAUUAGACAACGCAUGCAGAAAGUUUUAAUCACUGAGCGGGUGAUAUACAAACAAAGAUAUAUUUCUGAGGCAUUCCAGGGGCAAAUAUCAAUCUGAGAUUAUCAUACUGAAAAAAAGGCUUGUGUUUUUCUGACCUUUGUCUUAACAGGAGCAUCUUUAUCGGUAGCGCUGUCUGUGUCUUCUGUGAGGACGGAGAGAGGCAGAGGAUGAGGGCGGGGCUCUCACCUCAGAUCUUGGAUGUCCCUCAUUAACCUUUGGAUCAUUGUCGUUAUAAUAUUAAUUUGCUUUCUCCAGCAUGUGCACAUAUCUGUUUCUGUGUUUUUUCUGUUUCUCUUUCUCCGUAUUUCUGCAUUUUUCACUUCACCUGUCGUUCAUCAAAGGGCUUGAGAAAUUCCAAAGACUUAACUCAGGAGGGAUCCACCCAUUGUGUUGUGGUUAUUUCCAAAUUAAAAUUGGGAACGUCUGGAAUUUGGCAACAUGCUGCAGGUGUUUCAUAGUUUUUUCUGGGUGUUUCAGCCACAAAUUGUUUGUACUUUUUUUUACAUCUGUCUAAUAUACUGUAUGUUCCUGUUUGUAAAUGUUAAUCAUUUUUGCUGUAUUGUUGAAGAAAAAGUGCCAACUAAUAUAGAAAUCCAGUCAGUCAGUUUCCUUCCUGGUUUUGUCCAGUCACAGUUUGCACUGUGGUGGUGUGUGGACCAGUCAGACAGUAGUCGUCACCUGGGUGCAUUUUCUUUUGUUUUACUUCACUUGUUUGCAUGUGUGAGUUAAGAUACUGAGGAUAAUUUACAGGUCUAAGAUGUGUUACACAACGGUAAAGAAAACCUUUCAUCCAUGAACAUUAAUGUUCUCAUAAACCUACAGAGGGAAGUAAAGUUAGAGGAGAAAGUUCUCUCACAGUCACUUAAACCAAAAAAAACUUUAAAAAGGGUGUUUCCAUACAAAACCUAGUCUGAGCAGUUUACAUGCCUGUGUGUGUGUGUGUGUGUGUGUGUGUGUGUGUGUGUGUGUGUGUGUGUGUGUGUGUGUCAGUGUCAGAAGUAAGCCUCCUAUAUUUAGCCUUGUGUGUACAAUCGACUCCCUACAAGUGUCUGUGUUUGUGCAUGUACGUUUGAGUGCGCGUGUGCGUUGCCAUCUGUAAUUACUGUACGGUGCCGACCAUGCUGUCAUAAAUGUUAGGUUUCACAAACAGCUUUGUGGUCGUUCUGCUGAGGAUAUAGCACACUGGAAAACUGCCCAAAAACUGCUGAGACAAGUAUGUGUUCAGUUGUGUGUGUGUGUGCGUGUGUGUCCACCCUCUUCCCCUCCCACUGAACUGCAGCAGUACUUGCUGAAUGUCUGGCCUUGCUUCCAUUGCUAAUCAGCAGGCGGCAGCAGACAUGUUGCCAUGAUGUUGUGGUGUAAUAUCUGACAGGAAUCCUGAGAGGUGAUGUCAGCUGCUCCAUGCAAUAUUUAUUCCUAUGCAAACACAAUAGUGUAGCGUGCACUCUCUCGCCCAGCCAACCUCAGGACGUUAAAACCACCGGACUUCAGUGGUCUUUAUCAACCCACUGACUCGAGAUCAGUGCGUCACGUUGCUGAGGAAACGCUCGAUAGCUGCAGACGAUUUUUUGCAAUUUAAAAAAAUCGUAACACCACAAGCGACUACAUGACAUUUCCAUAUAUAUUUGAAUGUCUGGAGGAACUGGCACUUAGCAUAUGAAAUAAAUGAGCUUCUAUGAGAAUAACAGGUGUAGAAAUCUUGGAUCUUGUGCUGGUCCUUCAGUCUAAUACAGUAACACUGAGUAUAAUUUACCAGCUGGUUAAGGAGAGAAAAUGAAAAGGAUAUCAGAACAUCACUGGAAUUUUUUUUUGCUUUUAUAAAAUUUGAGUAAUUCCUUUUGCUCCUAAAUUCUUUUUUUAAGACAAUGUUUUCUAUGUGAAUUUUUACAGUUGAUUGUUUUAAUGUAUUUGAUUUUUUUUCUCAGAGAUUUCUCUAUGUACACAGAAUAAUGCACAUAGUCGUUCUGUUUGCUACACAAAACUUAUUAAAAACAUC